AUGGUUAAGAAGAAGACCAAGUCUAUCCCUCUCGCCGUUAUCGGUGUAGCUGCUAAUGGGUCUUUGUUACCCUCGACAAUCUCUGCUUCGACUGCCUCUUCCAUGUCUUCUGGAUCUACCCUGGUAGGUAGCUCUGUUUCUACUGGUUCUCUGUUGCCGUUGAUGGUGGCUCCUCCUACUUCUCCGUCGACUGUUCUCCCAUCUGUCUCGGAGCCUGCUCUCCUCUCUGGAGCUUCUGGUUCUGCUCUUCUCGGUUCAACUGCCUCCGAGGCUGUCGUCGCUCCUGGAAAAAACUACGCUUCCUUGCUAAAAAGCUCCACCCAGUUGCAGGUGGUGGGAUCUCCGUCGGAACAUGUCUCCGGUGUUUCUUUUGUCCUUAUACCGGAUGAGAAUAUUGAGGCAGCUAAACUCGAGUUUAAGGAUUUCAUAUAUGCUCGCUUCCAUGGGGAUUACCCUUCAAUGGGUAAGAUUAUUGGAGUUGUUAACGCGGUGUGGGCGAGAUCUGGCCCUAGAAUCUUUGUUCAUAAUAUUGGACAAGGUAUGUAUCUCCUCCGAGUCACAAACCCAAAUACUCGUGAGGUUCUCAUUUCCCGGACCUGUUGGAAUAUAGGCGGCCUGCCUAUGUUUGUGGCUCCUUGGUCCCCUGACUACUCUCCGGAGGAGCUCCCACUCACAAGCGCAAUCGUCCCAGUGGAGAUGCGUAAUGUCCCGUAUCUUUUGUUCAAUAAGGAAAGCUUGAGUCGUAUCGCUACGGCCAUCGGGAAGCCUGAGUCUCUUGCCCCUGAAACCGAGCGUAAGGAAAACUUUGCGGUGGCUAAACUGUAUGUGAAGGUGGAUCUUACUGCUCCGUUACCCCAGAGGAUCAUCUCUGGGUUCUCGAAUGGGAAGGAAGUUCAGAUUGAAGUCUCGUAUCCCUGGCUCCCUGUUAACUGUGACUCUUGCAAGAGAUUUGGUCACAAGACUGACAAGUGCACAUUUGGCGCUAAGGAAGGGUCAGUGGGUCACCAAAGUGUAAGGAAGUUCAUUGAGGAACCUUUUCGUAGAAGAUCGAAAUCACGUCCUGGCCGUUCGAGAGAUAAUAUGGUGAAGAAGAAAUCAGUUCCUUGUUACGUUCCAGUGGUUCGUGAAAUUAGUAAAGUUCCUUCUGUUGAGGCGCUGGACAUUCAGAUUGAAACAUUUGGUUCUGACGCUACCUCAGAUCCUAAUCAGGCCAAUGCUCCUACGGUCUUAGAAGAAGGUGAAAUUUAUCAGGAGUUAUCAGCUGAAGUAGCUGCAGUUCCUGAAGCUAUUGUUGUGUCAAAUCGGUUUGCUAGUCUUGCUAGAUUAGAUCAGGCUUCAGAUGGGGAUCAGCAUGAAAGUGGUGAUGACCAAGUUGUUGAAUAUGGAAAGAAUGUAAUCGCUGAUGAGUUGGCCGCAGUCUCUCCAGAGGUUGGUACCGGUUUAGUUUCAGAUCCUGCUGUCGAUGUUUUGAUCCUCCAUGAGACUAGUGUACUAAGUGAGAUAGAGACUCUGAUUGAGGCAGAUGUUCCCUCUUCAGACCCUUUAGUGAUCUCAGUACCGUCUGAUAUUGUCCUACCUUCCGGAGUGACCGCUGAGGAUACUACUAUUACGACCCUGCUUGCUGAUCAGGGCUCUCAUAGUCGCGAUCAGAUAGAGGAUCGAGACAAAUCUUUUUUCCUGCCUAAAAACAGGAAGAGUGGUCGUAAGACCACAAAACACAACUAA